GAUUAGUCGGUUUCGGAUUUUGUCCAGCCCUGUGGAGAAUCCACCGGCGGGAAUAACAAUUUCGGGGUUCCGGUUCCGGUCAAAGUCUUAGAGGCAGCCAUGGCUGAUUCUCUGUCGGGUUCCAAUGUUUUUAGCCUACGGAUUGUUUCGAUCGAUUACUACAUGGCUUCUCCGAUCCCUGGAUUUGAUAUCUGCUACAGUAGCUUCCAAGGUGGCCAAGUAAACGAAGUCCCUGUUAUAAGGAUCUAUGGCUCAACACCUGCUGGUCAGAAGACUUGCUUGCACAUUCAUCGUGCUAUUCCAUAUCUCUACAUUCCAUGCUCUGAAAUUCCUCUUGAUCAUCAUAAAGGAGUUGAUGGAAAUAUACCUGCUGUAUCACUUGAGUUGGAGAAGGCUUUAAAGCUUAAGGGUAGCGCUGCUUCAAAAAGGCAACAUGUCCAUGAUUGUGAGAUUGUUAGAGCAAAGAAGUUUUAUGGAUACCAUUCAACGGAGGAGGCAUUUGUGAAGAUUUAUCUUUACCAUCCACACGAUGUGGCUCGUGCUGCCAGUCUUCUUCUGGCAGGUGCUGUUCUUGGUAAAAGCUUGCAGCCUUACGAGUCUCAUAUUCCUUUUAUUCUCCAGUUUCUGGUUGACUAUAAUUUGUAUGGAAUGGGUCAUGUACAUAUAUCAAAGAUGAAGUUCCGUAGCCCUGUGCCUCACCAUUUCCGUCCAAGGAGAUUUGACUUGGAUGAAUGUGUGGGACAAGGGAUUGACGAAAUGGCUAGUUCAAUGGCAGAUUCAAGUCCGGCUGCAACCGUCAAUUUCCCUGUUUGGAGUUUGUCAACAAUCCCUGGUCAAUGGAUGUGGAAUAUUUCUGAAGAAUCUGAUACACCGUUUAGCCAGAGCCAACAUAGCCACCAUUGCAGACGUCAAAGUCUCUGUGAACUUGAGGGAGAUACUACUAUUAGUGGUAAUUUUCCUGAAACUAAAUAUAAUUGUUUUUGUUUCAGAAUAUAUGAACGGACCUUUGAACUAGUUUCUUCUCUUGCAGAUAUUCUCAAUCAACAAUUUAAAAUGUACAACUCCCUCUCACAAGCCCAGUCUGAUACUAAGAUGGUUCAGUCGCUGGUGGCAAUUUGGGAGGAGGAGUAUGAAAGGACUGGUGUGGAUGAUGCACCUAUACCUCCUGAUCCCGGAAAGCCCUCUGCAGCUGAUGUGCUGAAGACUAUGUCACAUUAUGCUGGGUUUGAGAAUAUGCUAAAGGAAAUGCAUCGCGAAGUUGGAUUGUCUCCUUAUGAUAUGAAGCCUACUGCAGUUUCUUCAGCCGGUUCAGAUGUGCACGUCAAACCUGAGACUACGGAUCUGCAGGUUUUGAAUCAGAUGGUUGAUACAGGGAGUGAGUUCCCUGCAUCAGAAAAGCUUUCUCCCCUUGAUGAGAGGAGUGGAGAAGCAUCAAUGGAAACGCCCACUGACAGAGAUACACCUGCUGAAAUACAAGAUGCUGAAGCCUUGGGUCUCUUUAAGUGGUUUGCCUCAUCCCAGGCGGCAGAGGACAUAAACUCUGAUGAUGAAAUUCUCCGAGAAACCAUCCUUAGUCCUCUAUUGCCUUUAGCGUCCAUUAACAAGGUUCUUGAAAUGGCUAGUACAGAUUAUGUGAGCCAAUCCCAAAAGGAAUGUCAAGACAUUCUUGAUUCCCAGGAUGAUCAACCAGACUUCGGGAGCUCGACAAAAGGAGCUUUGCAUACUAAUCUUGAUAGCCAGAAUCCUAUAACUUCAUCAGGGAAACAUUCCCUUGACACAGAAGUCUCUAGUGAUGUUCCAAAUAUGUCAACUUCAACUGCAUCAAGCGAAAAUUCAUUCCAGAGAUACAGAAAAAGUGAUUUUCGUACGAGUGAAGUGAUGGAGAAUAAGAAUAGGAGCUUCUCUAGGAGCAACAAGCCUACCAAAUCUGUAUGGGGGCCUUUACCUUUUUCGUUGACAAAAAAUCUUCAAGAGGACUUCGACAGUACAAAUGCUAGUGAUAAACUUGGUCUGACAAAGAUUGAUUCCGACCCCAUGAAAGAGAUGAAAGACAGCCUUGAUGUUCCAGUCAAAGAACAUCAAGCAGAUGUUUGUAACACCAUUGACGGGAACGUUUUGGCUCGAUGUUCGCUGCGGGACUUAAUGAGAAAAAAGCGGUCAUGCUCGCCUGCUUCACAAAAUAUAAAGGUUAGGAAGGUUUUGCCACAGACUAGAGACUCUCGGGACGGGAAGGAGUGCAUUGCUACCUUGAGAUAUGAGGCCAAGAAACAAGAUCCUGCCCUUUCUGCAGAAGUUACUGGAUGUUCAUUUGGCGAUGCUCCUCAAACUUUAUCUCCUAUAGAUGCAGGAAAUUAUGAGUCAUCCGAACUUCAUUCUGUUGAUAGAUGUUCGGCUAAAGAGACAGCAGGUCAAAACAAUGCUGAAGUUUCGAGGAAUUUUUUAUCUGCCACUGUUCCACUUGGUAAGGAAUCAAAAACUGUGGAAUCAGGAAUAUUGGUGUCUAGCAACAAACAUGUUGGGAUUGAUGAUAUAAACAAUGUCCAAAAAUCUGGGGAUGAGCAAGAGUCAACUGCCAAUGUAAUUGUUGAUACAGGAAGGUUAAUAUGCCUAACCUUAAGCAAGAAGCCUCCUUCUCUCGAUUGCCUUAGUGCUGGACUGCAGGGUUCUUCACAUUCUCAUGAAAGUCCCGUCCAAUUUCAUCAGGCCAGGGACAAACAGUUGGAGGACACCGAAGUCAACGAGGACGAAAAGAAACACUUUUUCCAAGGAGCUUCUCUCGGUAUUCCCUUGCAUCAUCUCAAUGACGGCUCCAACCUUUACCUACUGACCCCUGCCUUUUCACCCCCUUCUGUGGAUUCUGUUUCACAAUGGAUAUCGAAUCACAAAGGUCCAGGAGAAUUAACUAUUGAUGCAGAAAAACAACCACUAGGAGAUGAUCAUGCGUCUGCAUCUAAUGUCAUGUCUGUAUUUGAGAAAGUGGAGCAGCAUAAUAACGUUUUUGUGAAUUCAGAAUCAAAUGCUCAUACGGAGUCUGAGAUAGAUCAUGAAAGCAAAAGAAAGUUUCUUAACCUUAAUUUGCAGACCAGUGUUUCACAAGAGAUGUCUCAGAUUUCAGCUCCUGAGGGGAAAUCAGGGUCCACUCCCUUAAGUCAAAUUGGAUUCCGAGAUCCUGCAAGCAUGGGAGCUGGGCAACAGCUUACUGUGCUGAGUAUAGAGGUUCAUGCAGAGUCUAGAGGAGACCUGCGACCUGAUCCACGAUUUGAUUCGGUCAAUGUCAUAGCUCUCGUCGUGCAGAAUGACAAUAGUUUUGCAGCUGAAGUAUUCGUGCUAGUAUUUAGUCCAGAUAGGAUUUAUCAGAGAAAUGUUGAUGGCCUAUCUGGAUGCAAGUUGUCUGUCUUCCUUGAAGAGAAGCAACUAUUCAGUUGUUUUAUUGAGACUUUAUGUAAAUGGGAUCCAGAUAUUCUUGUGGGCUGGGAUAUACAGGGUGGAUCUCUUGGUUUUCUAGCUGAAAGGGCUACACAUCUUGGUAUUGGAUUUCUCAAAAAUAUAUCUAGGACGCCAUCUCCGACCACAAAAAACGAUUCAGACAAGAGAAAUCUUGGUAAUAAUCUGCUGCCAGAUCCGUUGCUAAGUGAUCAUGCUCAAGUAGAAGAAGUGGUAAUUGAGGACGAGUGGGGACGCACACAUGCUAGUGGUGUUCAUGUUGGAGGUAGAAUUGUUCUCAAUGCAUGGCGUUUGAUUCGCGGGGAAGUGAAACUCAACAUGUACACGAUUGAAGCUGUGUCGGAGGCUGUUUUGAGGCAGAAGAUUCCAUCAAUCCCUUAUAAAGUAUUGACGCAAUGGUUUUCAAGUGGUCCUGCGGGUGCACGAUAUCGAUGCAUAGAAUAUGUGAUUCGCCGAGCAAAUCUGAACCUUGAGAUAAUGAGCCAACUUGACAUGAUAAAUCGUACGUCAGAACUUGCUCGUGUUUUUGGCAUCGACUUCUUCUCAGUUCUCUCCCGAGGUUCCCAAUACAGAGUAGAAUCCAUGCUUCUGAGAUUAGCACAUACACAAAAUUAUCUUGCUAUCUCUCCAGGAAACCAACAGGUUGCUUCUCAGCCAGCUAUGGAAUGUGUACCUCUUGUGAUGGAACCAGAAUCUGCCUUCUAUGAUGAUCCUGUUAUUGUGUUGGACUUUCAAUCUCUUUACCCUUCAAUGAUUAUAGCAUAUAAUCUGUGCUUUUGCACAUGCCUCGGAAAACUUGCACAUUUGAAGAUGAACACCCUUGGGGUCAGCUCAUACUCACUGGACCUUAAUGUUCUUCACGAUUUUAAUCAGAUCCUGCAGACCCCAAACAGUGUGAUGUACGUGCCAUCAGAGGCGCGCAGAGGAAUUUUACCAAGGCUGCUAGAGGAAAUUCUAUCUACAAGAAUAAUGGUGAAAAAAGCAAUGAAGAAGUUGACUCCGUCAGAAGCAGUUCUUCACCGGAUAUUUAAUGCGAGGCAGCUUGCUUUAAAGCUGAUAGCAAAUGUGACUUAUGGCUAUACUGCUGCUGGCUUCAGUGGUCGAAUGCCUUGUGCAGAGCUGGCAGAUAGUAUUGUCCAGUGUGGUCGUAGCACACUUGAAAAGGCUAUUUCGUUCGUCAAUGCCAAUGAAAAUUGGAACGCUAGAGUUGUAUAUGGCGACACCGAUAGUAUGUUUGUCCUUCUCAAAGGACGAACUGUAAAAGAAGCUUUUGUAGUCGGACAAGAGGUUGCAUCUGCAAUAACUGAAAUGAACCCACACCCAGUCACUCUAAAGAUGGAGAAAGUCUAUCAACCUUGUUUCCUUCUUACGAAAAAGCGGUAUGUUGGGUACAGUUAUGAAAGUCCCGAUCAGAAUGAACCUAUAUUCGAUGCAAAAGGUAUUGAAACUGUUCGAAGAGACACUUGUGCAGCUGUUGCAAAAACUAUGGAGCAGUCAUUGAGACUCUUUUUUGAAAAAAAGAACAUCUCUAAGGUUAAGUCAUACUUGUAUAGACAGUGGAAGCGGAUACUACAAGGGAGAGUGUCACUUCAAGAUUUUAUCUUUGCAAAAGAAGUUCGGUUGGGGACUUAUAGCACAAGAGACUCUUCACUCCUCCCUCCAGCAGCUAUUGUGGCAACCAAAUCAAUGAGAGCAGACCCUCGGACAGAACCACGCUAUGCUGAACGAGUGCCUUAUGUUGUGAUCCAUGGGGAGCCAGGAGCUCGACUUGUUGAUAUGGUGGUGGACCCACUGGUUCUUUUGGACAUUGAUUCGCCUUACCGGUUGAAUGACUUAUACUACAUCAACAAACAAAUUAUACCAGCUCUGCAAAGGGUAUUUGGACUUGUGGGUGCAGACUUAAACCAGUGGUUUUUGGAGAUGCCCCGUCCCACAAGAAGCUCCCUUGGUCAACGUCCCAUAAACUCUAGAAACUCGCACAAAGCUAGAAUUGAUUACUUUUAUCCCUCGAAACAUUGCUUCUUGUGUGGGGAAGUUGUUCAGGCAUCUGCUCAGCUAUGCAAUCGGUGCCUCAAAAAUGAAAGUGCUGCUGCUGCAACCAUUGUUUGGAAGACUACGAAAUUGGAGAGAGAGAUGCAACAUCUAGCCACAAUAUGCAGACACUGUGGUGGGGGAGACUGGGUGGUGGAAUGCGGAGUGAAAUGCACUUCUCUUGCGUGCUCAGUCUUUUACGAGAGACGGAAAGUUCAGAAAGAGCUUCGUGGCCUCUCCUCCAUUGCUACUGAGAGUGAGCUUUACCCUAAAUGCAUGGCUGAGUGGUUCUAACCUGUUCGCACUACGUGGUGGUAAGUUAUGAGAUGAGGUAGUACGGUCGAUCAUCACCUCCAAGUUGAUUGCUUCUGUUUUAUUUUUGUGUGAAUAUGACUAGUGUAUAUAAACAUCCCUUACCAUUUUGUUCAGUGUGAAAUGUAGAUCUCUUUGUUGUUGUGUUGUAUAGUCUCUGAAUGUAUAAGCAAUCAUGAAAAGAAAGAAAGACAAUUAUUUCUUGAUAUUUACAAAUGUCCACUGCAACAAGAAGAUACAUGUUCU